AUGCCAAUCUUACCAAUCAUCACAUUCAAGGCCGGCCAGUGCGAGGUUGAUACCUCCUCUAAGCCUUACAAGGUGAAGCCGCAAUCUGAGCCUGGUUACAUCUAUCUAUACUCCGAAGAUGAUCUUGUCCAUUUCUGCUGGCGCAAGCGCAGUGAGCCACUCGACAACCCCGAGCUGGACCUGAUCAUGGUUCCCACCGAUGGCAGCUUCACUGCCUACGAAUCUACAACAUCUUCCGAGCCCACCUCCAAGACUGAUGGUCGCAUUUUCGUCCUCAAGUUCUCUUCGUCAUCCCAACGAUACAUCUUCUGGCUACAGUCAAAGCCACAGAGUGAGAACGGAGACGCAGCCUACUACAGUCCUCGUGAUCGCAAGAUCGGCGAUAUCGUUAAUCGAUUGCUACAGGGCGAGGAAGUCGAGGUGGCUGAGGAAAUGGCCACCGUCCGCAACGAUGACCAAGACGACGAUGAGGACGAGGCCAUGGAGGAUGCCGACAACCAGCGUCCUCGAGAGCAACGAGGCAGCGGAGGCGCGGGACCUGAUGCUACAGGAGGAGAUGUCCGCGAGGAGGGCGAGGGCUCGCGAGAGGGUGGAGCUGAUGGUGCUAGAGCGGUCUCUUCCUCAGCCCCUGGCACCGAUGCCUCUGCUGCUGUGAGGAGCUUCCUUGACUCCCUUCGAGGUCAGUCAGGCAUCUCUGGCGGGCAGCAACAGCAACAAAGUGCCGAUAAAGCGUACCCUUACCUUAACCAUCUGCUUCCGACCUCUAUUACGGUACCAAUGAUCGAUUCAGCCCCGGAGGAGUUUGCCGAUACGUUAAUCAGCUUCCUACCGCCUGCUGUCGUCGUUCUUGCAAGUGGCUCUGCCAGUGCUGUUGAUGGCAAAUCAGACCCACCAGCUGCCACUGUGGAAGCUUCCAAGGCAUCUCUCUCACUCGACGACAAGCGAACGCUGUUGAAGAAGGUGUUGCGAAGCCCUCAGUUCAACCAGGCUCUGGCAAGCCUCACCAUGGCUAUUCGUGAUGGUGGCUUGCCUAGCAUUGCCGAUGCUCUUGGUGUCAAGGUGCAGGAUGGCGGAUAUCUACGGGGUAGUGGCAUGCCCUUGGGUGGCGGUCAGGCUGUCGAGGCAUUCGUGAAUGGAGUGAAGAAGACUGUCGAGGAGGAGAAGAAAUGA